UAUCAGAGAGAGUGAGAGCUUCCCUCACCAUUUACACCCAGAUCUUCAAUAAAAUUUCAUUCAUUCAGUCUUUGAGCUGCCAUGUCUUUCCGCGCAGCAACCCGCCUACCGGGCGCCCUGGCCUCUGCCCGUCCCCGAGCAACGCUAUGCUCUCCCAAGCAGCUCACCUCGAAGACCACCCUACGGCAUGGCUCCGAGCUCGCCCCAGGUGGUGAGCUCAAGAAGACACCGCUCUACGACUUCCACGUCGCGCGUGGGGGCAAGAUGGUCCCCUUUGCCGGGUACCACAUGCCCGUGCAGUACGCCUCGACCCCGCUGGCGCAGUCGCACAUCUUCACACGCAACAGCGCCUCGCUGUUCGACGUCAGCCACAUGGUGCAGCACACCCUCAAGGGACCCGCUGCCGCUGCCUUUCUCGAGAAGGUGACGCCCAGCGCGUGGAGCGGCAUGGAGGCCAUGCAGGGCAAACUGACCACCUUCCUCUGGCCUGGGACCGGUGGCAUCGUGGACGACUCAGUGAUCACGAGAGUGGGCGAGGACGAGUACUACGUCGUCACCAACGGCGCCUGCUACGACAAGGACAACAAGUACCUCGACGAGGAGCUUGGCAAGUUUGGGGGUGACGUGCAGUGGACGCGGAUGGAGAACUCGGGACUCGUGGCGCUCCAGGGCCCCAAGAGCCUGGAGAUCCUGCAAGAGGUCCUCGCCUCGGAUAUCGAUCUCAGCAAGAUCUACUUUGGCCAGUCGUUCUGGGCGCAGCUCAAGCUCAAGGACGGGGGCGCCUCGCACCCCGUGCUCAUCAGCCGUGCCGGGUACACGGGCGAGGAUGGCUUCGAGAUCUCCCUGCAGGGCGACAAGUACCCUGCUCUCGAGACGACGCCCUCCAUCGCCGAGGCCAUGCUCGACGCUGCUGGUCCCGAGAGAUUGGCACUGGCCGGUCUGGGCGCUCGUGACUCGCUGCGUCUCGAGGCUGGUAUGUGUCUGUACGGACACGACUUGGACGACACCACGACACCUCCCGAGGCCGCCCUGGGCUGGAUCAUCCCGCCUGAGCGUCGCAAGGCGGGCGGCUUCCACGGCGCCGAGGUGAUCAUUCCCCAGCUCACGCCUCGCUCCAAGGGUGGUGCUGGCGUGCAGCGUCGCCGCAUCGGUCUCGUCGUCGAGGGCGCGCCUGCGCGCGAGGGCGCCGAGAUUCAGGCUAAUGGCGAGAAGAUUGGUGUCAUUACGAGCGGAUGCCCCAGCCCGACGCUGGGCAAGAACAUUGCCAUGGGCUACGUGAAGGAUGGCCAGCACAAGUCCGGGACCGAGGUGGACGUUGUGGUCCGGGGCAAGAAGAGGAAGGGCGUCGUGACCAAGAUGCCCUUUGUGCCGAGCAACCUGGUGCGCAAGGUGUCUGCUUCGUGAGGGGAUGCGGUGUAGAUGGGAAUUGGACGACCCGAGGUUAUCAUCAGGGCUUGGCGUUUUGUGUUUAUACUUGCUUCGUCAAUGGGGACAAAGUCGUGGCAUUUCGUAUGCUUCUAAACGUGUGUGUAUUUACAUUACUAGGAACUCGGCUUGGCUCGCUGCUUGUCAUAUCGAAGUACAGCACCAAGUAAUACGUUGGCUCCCAAGGCACUGUCGAUGGUCAGCGACGACAACGCAUGCAAUCUCGCUCAAACUUACCAGUCUUCCGGCGA